GCUAUCAACUGCUGCCUGCUGGCUGCAGCCAGGUCCCUGGUCCACACGCAGCCUGCAUCAGAAGCCUGCAGAGGCACGGGGGCUGGAGAUGGGAAACAGAUGGUGGCCUGUGCUUUGUCUUUCCCAAGUUUACAACCUCACCUGGGCUGUUCUGAGGAGCCCCGAGAGGCCCUCACCAUGAAGGGUUUCACAGCUGCUCUCUUCCUCGGGACUCUGAUUUUUCCCAGCUGCAGUGGAGGCAGCGGUGGGAGAGCCUGGCCCACACACACGGUCUGCAGUGACAGCGGCUUGGAAGUGCUCUACCAGAGUUGCGAUCCAUUACAAGAUUUUGGCUUUUCUAUUGAAAAGUGUUCCAAGCAAUUAAAAUCAAAUAUCAACAUUAGAUUUGGAAUAAUUCUGAGAGAGGACAUCAAAGAGCUAUUUCUUGACCUAGCUCUCAUGUCUCAAGGCUCAUCUGUUUUGAAUUUCUCCUAUCCCAUCUGUGAGGUGGCUCUGCCCAAGUUUUCCUUCUGUGGAAGAAGGAAAGGAGUAGUUCUGUGGCAUACUAAAUUUUGUGAACCACUGCUAGAAGCUGUCAGAAUCCAGGGCUCUUCGCCAGAGUUACUGAGCACAGCUGCAGGCAGCAUGUUACCAAAACCAAUAUUAUUCUGGAAGCAUUUCCUGUCCCCUGACUCAUCAGACUGCAGCGCUGCUGCUGGAGAGCAGGGACCUUCGCCCAGUCCAGUGGUUCUCAACCUUGAGCAGGCAUCGGCAUCACCUGGAGCCCAACUUCAAUCACAGUUGCUUGACCUAGCCCCAGGGUUUCCAGUUCCACACAUCAGAGCAGAUUUACUAUGCUGGGCCUGUCAAUAAUCCUGAAUUUACUAUUCCUCAGGGAGAAUACCAGAUUUUGCUGGAACUGUAUACUGAAAAACGGUCCACCGUGGCCUGUGCCAAUGCUACUAUCUUGUGCUCCUGACCAUGGCCUGUAGCAAAACUCACAGCCAGCUUCAUCUCAUGGGACCUCCAAGCUCCUCUGACUGAAACCGCUGUGGGAGAAGCAGCCUAUGACAGAGAAAGGCUCUACACAGAAGCCCCCCAAAAAGUGCAGCUGCUAAUUUUAGUCCCAGGACCAGACAUCCCCAGAGUCCACAGAUGUAAUGAAGUCCCCGAAUGUAUCUGUUUCUAAGGAGCCUCUUGGCAGUCCCUAAGCAGUCUUGUGGGUCCAUCCUUUUUCUCUAAUUGGUCGCCUCACACCAGACUCACCUGCUUUUCAACUUCUUAGGAGUGCUUCCUCACAGUUACCAAGAAUAAAGGAAGCUGGCCACCA